UUCUACUCUGCGCCCGCAAGGUCUCCAUUAUCCCUUCUCCACUGUGUGUUUGUGUGUGUAAGAAAUCAUGAAUCGCUCGGCAAAAGUCUUGAUCUUGAUCUCUUUCUUCUUGUUAUCAUUCACUUCAAAUUUGAAUUCCGUUGAUGCAUUUUACGGAUCAUCAUCACCAGUGCUUCAGCUCACUCCAUCUAAUUUCAAGUCCAAGGUUGUAAAUUCAAACAGUGUUGUUCUAGUUGAGUUCUUCGCACCAUGGUGUGGCCAUUGUCAAGCUUUGACACCAACGUGGGAAAAGGCAGCUACUGUCUUGAAAGGUGUAGCAACUGUGGCAGCUAUUGAUGCUGAUGCACACCAAGCUAUUGCUCAGGAAUAUGGUAUCAAAGGAUUCCCAACCAUUAAGGUGUUUGUUCCCGGAAAACCUCCUGUUGACUACCAAGGAGCAAGGGAUGUAAAACCAAUAGCAGAAUUUGCACUCAAACAGGUGAAAGCACUCCUCAAGGACAGAUUAAGUGGAAAAGCAACCGGAGGAUCAAGUGAGAAGUCCGAACCAAGUGCAUCAGUUGAACUGAAUUCACACAAUUUUGAUGAAAUGGUUGUUAAAAGCAAAGACCUCUGGAUGGUGGAGUUCUUUGCACCCUGGUGUGGGCACUGUAAGAAGCUUGCUCCUGAAUGGAAGAAGGCUGCAAAGAACUUGCAGGGGAAGGUGAAGCUUGGUCAUGUGAACUGCGAUGAUGAGAAGUCUUUAAUGAGCAGGUUUAAGGUGCAAGGUUUCCCCACUAUUUUGGUGUUUGGUGCAGACAAAGAUAGUCCAAUUACUUAUGAAGGAGCAAGAAGUGCCUCAGCAAUUGAAUCAUUUGCCCUUGUUAACCUAGAAACAAAUGUUGCUCCUCCUGAAGUUACCGAGUUGACUAGCCCAGAUGUAAUGGAAGAGAAAUGUGGUUCAGCAGCCAUCUGUUUUGUCGCCUUCCUCCCCGACAUUUUGGACUCCAAGGCAGAGGGAAGGAACAAGUAUUUAGAGACGCUCUUAUCGAUUGCAGAAAAGUUCAAAAGGAGUCCAUACAGCUAUGUGUGGGCUGCUGCAGGCAAACAACCAGAGCUUGAGAAGCAUGUUGGUGUUGGUGGUUACGGGUAUCCGGCAUUGGUAGCUUUGAACAUAAAGAAAGGCGCAUACGCCCCACUUCGAAGCGCAUUUGAACGAGACCAAAUCAUAGAGUUUGUGAAAACGGCCGGACUUGGAGGAAAGGGUAACUUGCCGCUAGAAGGGUCACCGACGGUGGUGAAAACGGAACCGUGGGACGGAAAAGACGGGGAGAUCAUAGAAGAAGAUGAAUUCUCACUUGAAGAACUUAUGGGUGAAGAUAGAUCAGGGAAAGAUGAAUUGUGAGGAUGAUGUUGGAAAUGAUUUUUGACUCGGUAGAGUUUAUGGUUCGACUAUUAAGCAGUGGCAUCCUUUGUAACAUUGGUAACCGUGGUGUAAGUACUCGUAAUUUUAGACGUAUCUUGCUAAAAUGUCACGUUACAAGGUUUACCGAGUUACGACAUUUUUGUUUUAUUUCAA